AUGAAUGCUUUAGCAGCAACCAACAGAAACUUCAAGCUAGCUUCCAGGCUUCUUGGUUUGGACUCAAAGCUUGAGAAAAGUCUUCUCAUUCCCUUCAGAGAAAUCAAGGUGGAAUGUACCAUACCAAAAGACGAUGGAACUCUUGCAUCAUUCAUUGGAUUCAGAGUCCAACAUGACAACGCAAGAGGUCCCAUGAAAGGUGGCAUCAGAUAUCAUCCAGAGGUUUGCUUUCAUUUCAAACCAAAACAACUUCAAUUUUGGUCUGCUCUUAACCGGAUUUCGGUUAUUUUACAGGUGGAACCAGAUGAAGUAAACGCUUUGGCACAACUCAUGACAUGGAAAACCGCAGUGGCUAAGAUACCUUACGGUGGAGCCAAAGGAGGCAUUGGUUGUGACCCUAGCGAGCUAAGCAUCUCAGAGCUCGAACGUUUGACUCGAGUUUUCACACAGAAGAUUCAUGAUCUCAUCGGGAUUCAUACCGAUGUUCCAGCUCCUGAUAUGGGAACUGGUCCUCAGACAAUGGCAUGGAUUCUUGAUGAAUACUCGAAGUUCCAUGGACACUCUCCUGCUGUUGUGACAGGAAAACCCAUUGAUCUUGGUGGAUCUCUUGGGAGAGAUGCUGCUACAGGAAGAGGAGUGUUGUUUGCAACAGAAGCUUUACUCAAUGAACAUGGAAAGAGCAUAUCUGGACAACGAUUCGUCAUCCAGGGUUUUGGAAAUGUAGGUUCUUGGGCAGCAAAGUUGAUAAAUGAAAAAGGUGGGAAGAUUGUAGCGGUUAGUGAUGUCACAGGAGCAAUCAAGAACAAGAAUGGAAUCGAUAUCUCUGGUUUGCUCGAACAUACCGAAGAAAACAGAGGAAUCAAAGGGUUUGAUGGUGCUGAUUCUAUCGAUCCUGAUUCAGUUCUUGCUGAAGAUUGUGAUGUUCUUGUCCCUGCAGCACUAGGAGGCGUCAUCAACAGGGAAAAUGCAAAUGAGAUUAAAGCAAAGUUCAUCAUCGAAGGUGCUAAUCAUCCGACUGAUCCUGAGGCUGACGAGAUAUUGAGGAAGAAAGGUGUUGUGAUCCUUCCAGAUAUAUACGCAAACUCAGGAGGAGUUACUGUAAGUUACUUCGAGUGGGUUCAGAACAUACAAGGAUUCAUGUGGGAAGAGGAAAAGGUGAACAAGGAGCUACAGAAUUACAUGACUCGCGGAUUCAAAGAUUUGAAAGAGAUGUGUAAGACACACUCUUGUGAUCUCCGUAUGGGAGCUUUCACCCUUGGUGUCAACCGUGUGGCUCAAGCUACUGUUAUAAGAGGUUGGGGAUCUUAA